CUUCUUUCCUCUCUCAGUUUGGGUUCGGAGGCGGCGGAAAGAGAGAGCAGCGAGAUGAAGACGAUCCUUUCCUCGCAGACCAUGGACAUCCCCGAGGGAGUCACGGUGAAGGUGAACGCGAAGAUCGUGGAGGUGGAGGGUCCGCGCGGCAAGCUCACCCGUGACUUCAAGCACCUCAACCUCGAUUUCGAUCUCAUCGAGAGCGGGAAGAAGCUGAAGGUGGAUGCAUGGUUCGGGUCGCGGAAGACCACAGCUGCCAUACGCACUGCCAUCAGCCACGUCCAGAACCUCAUCGCCGGGGUCACCAAAGGGUACCGUUACAAGAUGCGCCUCGUCUACGCCCACUUCCCAAUCAACGCGUCCAUCCCCAACAACAACACCUCCAUCGAGAUCAGGAACUUUCUUGGGGAGAAAAAGGUGCGAAAAGUUGGUAUGCUUGAUGGUGUGAGAAUUAUUCGGUCUGAGAAAGUGAAGGAUGAGCUUGUACUCGAAGGGAACGAUAUUGAACUUGUUUCGCGCUCUGCUGCCUUGAUCAACCAGAAGUGUCAUGUGAAGAACAAGGAUAUAAGAAAGUUCUUGGAUGGUAUCUAUGUCAGUGAGAAGGGAACAGUCACCGAAGAAUGACAGGAAGAGCAACAACAGUUGAGCUUGGCAGGGACUCUUCUCUUCUUUCGGUAUCUGGAUGGAACUGAAAGCUUAAAAUCAAAAUUUUGCAGUAUUUGGUUCAAUGUGAUUUGGCCUUCGUGUUGGAACUCUGUUGUUUUGUGCUUAGUCUUCAAGUUCAAGAUAGUUAGCUGUGGAGACAAUUUUUUUUCUCUUCGAAUCAUCAGGGACUUUUGUUCAGGUGACUGGGGUGGGAACUAUGAAAGUUUCCAAAUUUAUGAUAUAUAUUAUAAAAUGCGUGCUUACCCAUUCUGCUA